AUGGCAACUGCGGGAAAGAUAGAUGUAGCUCCUCUUGCUCCGUUUGAUCCGAUAUCAGAACCGACAUCCUUAAGUCAACGAUGGAAAGUUUGGAAACGCAGAUUCGAAACGUAUUUAGUCGCGGUAAAUGUGAAAGAUAAUGCCCAGAAACAAGCAUUGUUACUUUAUCAAGCCGGUGAGGCAACACAGGAAAUCUUCGAUACACUUUCAGAGACAGGAGAGGACAAUGAUUACAAGACUGCAAUUGAGAAAUUGGACGAAUAUUUUUCCCCGAAGAAAAAUGUGGAUUACGAGAUAUUUCAAUUCCGUCAAGCAAAGCAAAACGCCGAUGAACCAACAGACCAAUUUGCAACACGACUUCGCAAACUGGCAGCUCACUGUGAAUUCCACGAUGUAGACCAUGAAAUAAAAUCGGCUAUUAUUCAAAAUUGUCGAUCUAAACAUCUCAGGCGGUAUGCCUUACGGCAAGAUAAAGUGACUCUCACCGAGUUGUUAUCGAAAGCUAGAACAUUGGAAAAUAGCGAACAGCAAGCCAAGGGCAUUGAAGAACGUUUAGCAUCGACUAAUAUUCAAGACGAAGAAGCAAAUUUUGUAAAUCCCCCAAGAUCUAAUGGACAACAGCAACAACAACAGUGUCGCAACUGUGGAUUAUCUUGGCCUCAUCGUGACGCACCUUGCCCUGCUAAAGGACAAACAUGUCGAAAAUGUAAUAAACAAAACCAUUAUGCCCGAGUUUGUCGCAGCAGCGUCCCAUCGACAAGGAAUCCUAUUAAUACAAGACCUAGACCUAUCCGCCCAGACAACAAUCAACACAAUAUUCAACAGGUUGGAUAUCAAGAAGACCACUAUUCGAAUAGCCCUAGUAGCAGCAGCGAUGAUGAGCAUUUAUAA